AUGGAGAAAAAGAAAAUUCUGAUGAAAUCCAAGGUUGCCGCUCCUAACGUCCUGAGGGCGCUGCAUUCUCUCUACCAGUUCGGUCACCUCUGCGACGUGACGGUUCACACGCAACAUCUCGGAAUUCAGGAGGAGUUUCUGGUUCACAAAGCUGUCUUGGCAGCUUCCAGCAAUUAUUUCAAAGGGCUUUUCCUACACGAUGAGAUGCUGGACACCAAGAAUUGCACAGUGACACUACAAGACAUUUACACAGAAGAGUUCACCUCCUUUCUGGAGUUUGUUUACACUGCGGAAGUGGAGAUUGAAGUGGAAAAACUGCAGCGGCUGAAAGAAAUAGCCGAAAGGCUCGAAUGCAAGGAUUUGCUUGACAUUUGUGAAGAGGUGAAAGCAGAGGGCAGGAAGGGGUUAGAUUUGAGCCUCCACCUGAAAGGUCAGCUAUGUGAAGAUGGUGGGCCACAGUGGACCUGCAUCCCGCGAGAGGAGCACCGCACACUGAGUAACUCUUCCCGAGUUGUGGCAAUACCCACACAGAGGAAACAUAAAAAGUUUCUGGCCGGCUACGAACUCAUUGAAGGCCAACCAGCAAGCCUGGAGCAAGAGGACAGUGCUUUUCCAGAGCCAAAAUUGAGGACGGCAAAGCUGCCAAAAGGUAACAAGGCAGAUGCUAGAAAUGGGCUGGGUGUGGAUAUUGUUAGUUUGGCAAAGGAGAGUAGUCAGUCUCUCCUGAGUCAGACUGAGGCAAAGGAGGCCUGUGUAGUAAUAGAGAACACGCUGCCUGAGCAUUGGGAAGGUGAAAACAGUUUAAUUUCCAAAUACACCAGUAAAACAAAACACGGAAAAUCACCGCGGCACGCGGCAAAAGCCUUGCUGCAGAUCGUGUGCGAGAAGUGCAACGAAUCGUUCCGGGUUAUCGAGCAGUACCAUUCGCACAUGGAGCUGAAGCAUGACGUUCAUCUAGCUGUCAAGUACAGCUGCGAGGCGUGUGAGCAGCUCUUCUCCACUCACCAGAACCUCCGCCAGCACCGCCUCGCCGCUCACAAUGAGGAGCGUGGCGGCUUCUGCGUGUUUUGCGACAAGAGCUUUAAGCGCCGGAAGGAUGUAAACGACCAUAUCCGCAGGGUGCACGAGAAAAAGCGGGAUCCCCAGGCCUGCCCGUACUGCGACAAGAUCAUCAGUUCCAAGUGCGGCCUGACGGUCCACAUACGAACGCACACGGGUGAGAAACCUUACAAAUGCCAACGCUGCCCCGCCAGCUUUGCACAGAGGUCUGCUUUCAAUACUCACGUAAGGAAGCUGGGAGGGGACACGGCCAGGACAGCUCAUCCAGACUACCCAAAGGGACAUCUCAUGCCAUCAAACCUCAUGCUCAGCUAUAGCAACGAGCAAGACCAGAAGCAGAAAUACAGGGAAGCUGAAGCAAGAAGUGAAAAAAUGAGUGAAGAAGGGAAUGAAGGUGAAGGUGAGAUAAGUGUGAAAGGAGAGGAGGAGGUAGAUUACGAAGCCGGGUAUUCAGAAGUUGAAGACAGAGCUAACGAGGAGGCCUGUACUGAGGAGGAGGAUGAGGAGGAUGGAUACUCUAAUGAGAAGGAUGGUGAAGAACGUGAAUCAGUGUUUAAAAUAAAGAAGGUAGAUAAAAAUGGGGUGAAUAGGAAAUCUGCCUACGUGAUAACAUGCGAUAAGUGUAACGAGCAGUUCAUUUCCCGGAAAAAGUACGUGGAUCACUGCAGAGAUGUCCAUCAGUGCUUGCCUGGUAAAGUCUAUCGGUGUGACAUCUGCAGCAAGUCGUUUGCUAGCUACAACAGCUGGAAGGAGCACCGAGCCUGUGUCCACACGGAAGAAAGGCGCUUCGCCUGCACCCUUUGCAAUGCUACUUUUAAACGAAAGAGAGACGUGAGGACGCAUUACAUGCGGAAGCACGAAGGCAGAGUCAAACGCCCUCUCUGCUCUGUCUGCGGGAAGAUCCUCAGCUCCCGAACAGCGUUAGUGUUUCAUAUGCGGACGCAUACAGGAGAAAAACCUUACGAAUGUGGUGUUUGCCAUUCCAGAUUUGCUCAGCCGUCACAACUUAAGAUCCAUACCAGGUCCCAUACAGGGGAGAAGCCAUAUAUCUGUGAGGACUGUGGGGCUUGCUUUGCUGAUAAAGGCAAACUCACUGGCCACAAAAGGACCCACACAGGAGAGCGCCUCUUUAAAUGCGAUGUGUGUGGAAAACACUUUGCCACCAAUGAGUAUCUGAAAUGCCACAAACGAUGCCACAUGGGUGCUAAGCCCUACAAGUGUGAGGUCUGUGGGAAGACGUUUGGACUGAGAGCCUCGCUAGCCCAGCACAGUAACGUCCACGCAG